UACCGUUCUGUCGUACUCGCCCCUCACGCUCUCUCUGCUCUAGCUCCAGUGCUGCUCUUCUUCCCCUCCUUCUCUCUCUCUCCCCCCCUCCUCUCCACUUACUGCCGCACAGCCAUGGCGGACAGCGCGAGCGAGAGCGACACCGACGGAGCGGGGAGCAGCUCGGCCACCCCGAUGUCAUCCUCCGCUUCAAAUUCUGGGAAACCAAGCAUAGUCAUUUCACAGUUUCGCCUGGAGGAGCUGACGAACCGCCUCGCGUCGUUGCAGCAGGAGAACAAAGUUCUGAAAAUUGAGCUCGAGACGUUUAAACUGAAGUGCAAAGCCCUGCAGGAGGAGAAUCGGGACCUCCGCAAAGCUAGCGUCACCAUUCAAGCAAGAGCAGAGCAGGAGGAAGAAUUUAUCAGCAACACCUUGUUCAAGAAGAUCCAAGCUCUCCAGAAGGAGAAGGAGACUCUGGCAGUCAACUAUGAAAAGGAGGAAGAAUUUCUCACUAAUGAACUCUCAAGGAAACUUAUGCAGCUCCAACACGAGAAGGCAGAGCUGGAGCAGCACUUGGAGCAAGAGCAGGAGUUUCAGGUUAACAAGCUAAUGAAAAAGAUCAAGAAAAUGGAGAAUGAAACCAUCUCAAAGCAGCUAACCCUGGAACAGUUGAGGAGGGAGAAGAUUGACCUUGAGAACACGUUAGAGCAAGAACAAGAAGCCCUCGUCAACCGGCUGUGGAAGCGCAUGGACAAACUGGAGGCAGAGAAAAGAAUUCUGCAGGAAAAGUUGGACCAGCCCGUAUCGGCCCCGCCCUCCCCGAGAGACGUCUCCAUGGAAAUAGACUCACCAGAGAACAUGAUGCGGCACAUCCGCUUCCUGAAGAACGAGGUGGAGAGGCUGAAGAAGAGCCUGCGCACCACUGAGCUGCAGCACACAGAGAAGCGGGCCCAGUACAUAGAAGAGGAGCGGCAGAUGCGGGAGGAGAACAUUCGGUUGCAGAGGAAGCUGCAGAGGGAAAUGGAGCGCAGGGAGGCGCUGUGCAGGCAGCUGUCUGAGAGCGAAUCCAGUCUGGAGAUGGAUGAUGAGAGGUCGUCUGAUUUCCUCAGGUACUUCAAUGAGAUGUCUGCACAAGGCCUACGAGCAAGGACCGUGUCCAGCCCCAUCCCCUACACCCCCUCCCCCAGCUCCAGUCGACCCAUAUCGCCUGGACUCUCAUAUGGGACUCACACGGUUGGCUUCACCCCUCCUGCCACGCUGUCCAGAGCCACCAUUUCCCACUACAACACCCCCGCCCUGCACAUCCACGGAAGCUCUUCUCAUGCCGUAGCAAGACCUUCCCCAAGACGGAGCACCAGUCCUGACAAAUUCAAGCGUCCAACUCCUCCGCCCUCUCCCAACACGCACUCAGGGGCUCAGCAGGCUCAGCCUCCACUCCCCCCACCGGCCCAGCCCAUGGUUCAGUCCAUGUCCUCCCCAGCAGCCAUGUCACAGCACGCAGCAACAGCACCGCCACCACAGCAGCCUCCCUCCCAGCCUUAACACCUCACACACACACACACGCGCGCACACACACAGUCUCUGUCUCUGCGCAUGACUGCGCAUCGAAUGCCACGAUGCUACUGCUGCAACUUCCAUCAUUACCAGCUCUGGAAGUCAAGUUUCUUACUCUUAACAAAUCCACAAGACGCAGCUUUAGAUGUUUCGGAGGGGAGAAGGAGCCGAGAAGGCAACUCGGCCUCUGUGACGACAGCGGCCUGCCAAAUCCACACGUGGCGUUACUUAACUACUCGUAGAAAGGAACGGAUGGACAUCCGAAUAAUUGCUUCUGGGAUUUGUAGGAUAAUUACUUGUUCCACCCUCCGUCUUGUACCUGUUAUGUUCUUUGCUUGGGACUCUAGCCGGCCGGAGUUGUUGUGGCGCUUCUCAGAUAGCACAAGCAGCACAGUUAGUGUGUUUCAUGGUGGUGUUUUAUUAUAGGUUGGAUGUUUCGGAAUCGAUGGAUGUACAGCUAGACAAGUGGAUGGAUUGAUAGUUAUUUUUUCAUGCCUAUAAUCUGACACAAAGCAGUAACGUCCUCCACUCCAGCUCACCCUUUUUGUCUUCUAAGCCGUGUCAUCAUGACUCCGAGUUAACCGUGGCUUCGAUUAGGUCUUCAGAAAGUGUCGUGGAAAGGCUGCCGCCAUGUACUCCGUUACAGGGCAUUGGAUGAAGCGGAGCCUGCAGUGCAGUUUAUUUUAGGUCCUGAAAGCCUUCAGUUAAAGUGAAAGUUUAAAAAAAAAUAAAAAAUGCAUCCAUGAAGAUGGACACUGGUACAUUAAACCAGAGAUACAUGUCACCAAAUAUAGUCUAAGGUGUUACAGCUUAGUCAUGUACUCAGUCUUCUCUCUGAUCUCUAUCUCUCUGGUGUAUUUCUGAACGCUUCUAUCAUCCUGAUGGAUAUUUCUCAUCAGACAAAAAAAAAAAACAUAAAUCUCUUUACACUAAAUAUACAUUCUGCUAAAGCAUUCUGAUUGAAUGGUACUGUUGACAAAAUUUCUAUGUAUGAUUAAAGCUCUUGACAUGACAACACCUGCUUGGUCAGUUUUAUGGGCGAUUGCCUUUACAACAGUCUUGUCACACUUAGUUCUCCUAGGCAAAAUCAUUGACUUUUUUUUUUCUUUUCUUUUUUAUGCACAUAUUUAUCAGAUCACUGUGUAUUUAGCCUGCCUGUAAUGUUUCAUUGUGGAAGUUAUCAUAUCUGACUUUCUAACAGUAAUUGAUGGAAAAAUGUUUGUGCCUUAAAUAAAUCUGCACCAUCAAA